UUCUCAUCUAACAGGUAUAAGGAAAAGCAACGUGCGGUGGGCCUUCCAGGAACAAUGUGAAAGGAUCAUCUUUGGACCAAUAAAGUGUUGGUGAUUUCUUCGUUACACAGACCAAACUGUUUGUAUAUCAUUUUUGGUACCGAACACACUCACACACACAUACAUUUAUAUAUAUAUACAUAUACAAAUUGUGAGGGGGGAAUAAUGUUGGCUUGCGUGUGUCAGCCGGCCGAUCCUACGGUUUUCCGCAGAAGCCCCAUCCCCCUCGGCACCCCCCCUUUGAAGUUAAGCAAUAAGGGUACCAGGGGUAGCGGUUGUGCAGUCACCCCAAAGCCAGGCAGAAUCUAUCGGAUACCUGUCGUAAUCACAACAGAACCGAAGAACUCGGCACACCUGACUCAGACCGCAGUCGGUGCAGUCGCGACCAAAGGCAAACUAUCAGAUAGUCCUCCCAAUUCGGACAUGAAAAUCAAAUCCAGAAAAGUGAAAAACAGUGAUGACAUGUGCGUGAGUGGACCAUUACAACAGCAAGCAACGCAGACGACAAGUGAACGAAAACUGGAUAUAACCUCAUCCUCAUCCUCUGCUGCUGUCGCUGUCGUUGACUGUUUGCAAAAGUUACCCGACGGUGUGCAGUUGACAUUGAGUGAGCUGCGCGAUAUGGCAUGCAGACAGCAGGCACAGAUCGAGUCGCAGCACCAGCUGUUGGCUGCCAAGGAACAGAGGUUGAGGUAUCUUAAGGAGCAAGAGGCUAGGCAGCAGAGGGUGCAGGCGGAGAGCGAGAGGUUACGACGGCUUCGAGACCGAGUCGACGCUCAGGAGCUGAAACUGAGAAAAUUGAGGGCCAUCAGGGGACAAGUGGACCACCAAAAGCAGAAUAACAUCUCGCUUACCAGUGACCUUGAUUCGAUUCGGGCUCUGUUCAAUGAAAAGGAAAAGGAAUUAUCGUUGGCUGUGGCCAAAGUGGAUGAGUUGACUAAGCAAUUGGAGGAGCUGCGCAGGGGAAGAUCGAACCGGGAUCAACCGCCAGCCUCGGCCCUGGAGUUGGAUAAACUGAGGAGGGAACUUAUGUAUCGAAACAAGCUGAACGAACAGCAGAAUCAUCGUCUAAACCAGCAACGUGAGGCAUUGACGGCACGACAGGAAGAGAUGAGUGCAAUUGACAAAAGGAUAUCUGAGCUUCAAGAACGUUUACAUAGGAAGAGACUUCUUAAUCAGCAACUUGCCAAUCAAAUUAGCGCGGCGUCACAUAAAGCGACCUUUCACCAGUAUGUUAGAUUACCUGGUUCAACUGACCAGAAUAAUCAGGGAUACCCGAGGAAACCGCAACCGUGUAACAACCAUCCUACGAACGGUUUGUCGCGCAGCAAUAUUGCUGCCGUUGAACCCUAUAAUCACGUUCCUCUGAGCGCAGGACAACCCGUCCGGCAUGGACCAUUACAAGAGAACACUACAUAUCAUCCAGUGUAUCAACAGAAUCAUCAUAUCAAAAGCGACUCUGAACCCAAACAGGAAACCGAGAAAAUUGCCAAUUACGGGGGCCAAGAUGCCGAUCUCCUGAAAGAUUUCAACGUUUCGAAAUCGGAUCCCAAAUAUCAAACCUUGCCAUACAAUACCAAGUUCACGGUGAAUCUGGUUCCCAACAAAAAACUGGACGGACAAGAUCAAGAUGUCCUGAAGGAAAGCGACUCACAUAAUGGGAACAUUAUCCAAUCGCAAAUGGUCCACAGCGCGCCGCUCAAUAUACUCAACAAAAAUAUUGCCACGCCGCUGAAUCAAAACGAUUUGAUCAAUAAAAGAAAUGAUAAGGAGAACGAUGAUCGUAGACAUUUUACGCAGAACGGAAACAAAAUGCACGACAACAACAACAUGGUUAACAACAACACAACUAUGUAUCAGAAACCUAUCAGCAGCGUCGCUCCAACAUCUGUACAUCAUUCAGGAAAGUUGUCCAACAUUUAUCAAACAUCAUCAAUUAAGGUGCAGCCAGUCGAGCCCCAAACAAUUUUGAGUACAACAAAGCAAACCCCAUUGAAUUCAUCCCACAUACCUUUAUUAUCCCCGCCUCAAUCGACAAGCACGCCUGUUGCAACACCCGAUAAUUCAUCGUCUGACAAAACGCCGAAACCGGCGUUGCCGCCGAAGCCUGCGAUCAAGCCACCUCCAAGACAAACGCAGCAGCCCUUCGAGGAUAACCAAGUGCCGCCACCCUUGCCACUAACAGAGCCACCUGAAGAAAAGCCUUCGGCUACGCUGAGUCUUGCCUUAAGCAAACUGCAAGGUAACUUUUCUCAAAUGACUAUUAACACAAACCAAAAAGGAACACCACAAGGAUCACCAUCGACUAAUUCACCUGUCCAACAACACUCUCCGGCCACGAGCUCACCUGUUCUGCAGCACUCUCCACAACUACCCUUAAGUAACAGUAGUAGUAGUAGUAGUGCAAAUGAUAACAUGCCGAUCAUUAAAGCGAAACCGCUUACGAUUAAAAAGCAAAUGCUCAGUGAACAGCCUAAACUAAGAACACUCACUUCUUACUCCCGACUGAACGGCUUAACAACGACUAACCGUAGGAUAGAAAUGCCAUCGGUUAUUAAUUUUCCAGAACCAGAGCCGAAAGCUGCGGACGAAACGGAUAAAAUGGAGAGCAGCAAUGAGAACAAGGACGGCAGCGUCGUGGUGAGACGCUGUAAAAAGGGCAAUUUGAAGCAAGACGGCAAAGCGAACUUGUCAAGGCGUGUUAGCUUUGACCCUUUAGCUCUGCUCCUGGACGCAAGCUUAGAAGGCGAAUUGGAGCUGGUUAAGAAGACAGCCACGCAGGUUGCAAAUCCUUCGGCGGCUAACGAUGAAGGAAUCACUGCCUUACACAACGCAAUUUGCGCUGGACAUCUAGAAAUCGUUAAAUUCCUGGUGGAAUUUGGCUGUGACGUAAACGCUCAAGACAGUGAUGGAUGGACCCCGCUACAUUGCGCGGCAAGCUGCAAUAACGUUGCAAUGGUUCGCUUUUUGGUGGAACACGGUGCUUGCAUAUUUGCAACAACUUUGAGUGACCACGAGACAGCAGCUGAAAAGUGCGAGGAAGAUGAAGAGGGAUUCGACGGAUGUUCAGAAUAUUUAUACAGUGUACAAGAGAAAUUAGGAAUUCUCUCUGGUGGAGCAGUAUUCUCUGUCUUUGAAUACGCAGCUCAACAGCCCGAUGAGCUCAGUUUCACAGCAGGACAACAAUUGACAGUUUUACGAAAAGGAGAUGAGAGUGAAAGGGAAUGGUGGUGGUCCAGACUUGGAGAUAAAGAAGGUUAUGUUCCUAGAAAUUUACUAGGGUUAUAUCCAAGAGUAUCAAAGGUAGAAGAUUAAAGGUCUUCGUGAAGCUAGUGUAUAAUGAUAUGAAUUUUUAAGUACCUUUUUGCCUUUUUGCGAAUACUUUAAAACAAUUUAAGACGACGUUUCAUAACACCACCAUCAGCAUUUUUUAGUUGUUUUUUUUUUAUUUGUCUACCUUUGCUCAAUAUUUUGCUAUAUUGUGUAGUCGAAAGGUUCACACUAUUCCUAUGUUUUUAUAUAUGUUAUAAUAUAUUUUUUAAUUAAUUAA